AACUGAACCAUAAACAUCCAAAAGGAAAUAAAUCAACAAGGAGCAGGAGGCUAGAAUCACUCAGCAUCAACACAGGAGAACGGAGCCAUUCCCCAGCAGCCAUCGGCCGGCUUCAGAGGGACUGAGGAAGGAGAAGGGAGGUACCAGCAGGGAACGACUGCAGGGCAGGAGUGGCUGGGAGACAAGGGUCUGUCUAAUUCAUAACUCUGUGAGUCCAAGCCCAUCAUGAGGUUCGACUGGUGCCUGCGGUGGGCUCUUGCAACAGUGUUUCUCCCUGGCUCCUGCGGACAGAGCGGAGAACGUCAUGGAUCAGAGAUCAAUCCCGAGGAUUUCAUGUUCCCCCUGAUGUUAAAUGAAUCGGUCCUGGCUGAUGACGUGACCUGGCUUCUGGUGCCGGGCCAAGACCAGGUCUUAGGCUCCUGCUCCAUCACCCUGCUGACCAGCACAGUGACCACACCCGGUGGGCAGCAGGGAGCUGAUUUGGCCACCCAGGAGGACCUGAACCCUCUGAAGGGAUUGAUGGAUGGCACCGGCUCUGCCUUGGAGAGUCUCAUGGUGGCGGUGGAGGAGGAUAUAGGGAGGGGCAGCUAUCAGUCGGUGAUUUCCAAAGGCCUGCUGGAUAUCCAGCAGCAGAAUGAAGUGUCCGACAACAUCAUGGAGGAGAUCAGGGCAAGCCUUGAGGCACAGCAGCCCACAGAAAGUCUUCUUAGCAGGUUCAAGGAGAAGGUGGGGAAGAUGGAAACAAUGCUCCAUGCCAUGCGUUGCCUUUCAAGCCAAAUGGAGCAGACAUCAGAUUUAUUAGCCUUGGAGCUGGGAAAGUCACACCACCUGGAAUCUGCACUCGGCAAAGAGUCAUAAAGAAGGGAUGCCCGGCCCCUGUGUGGAAUCCACACUUGGACCAUGUCCAGCUGGAGUCUCUCGCUUGGCAAUGAAUGGGUUCAGAUUCCACAGGGAGAAAGCAGCUUCAAAAAUCCAGUGCACCCUUUUAAAAUACAAGGUCAAAAUCCAAUAUUGUUUAAUAUCAUCUCCAGAACACAAAUGUAAAGGAGAAUGAAAUAAAUGUUACUCCGAAUCCAAUGCAGCACAAAAAAAUACAGAAAGAUAAAGAACACAAUAAUAAUAAAAAAACACAUUAAAUACGUAAGGGCGAACAGAGCCUGGGUUGCAGUGUUCCACCAGCAUUUUGUGUGUGUUGUUAAAUACAUAAGAUAGCUUCUAUUCACAGAUUGAUUGUAAAGUGAUGCUAGGCACAGGAGUGUCCAUACAUAAGGUGACUCUAACAGGAAGUGAUAAAGUAGCAGUGGUUGGGAGUGUGGAGGUGUUAAUCAGCCUUACUGCUGGGGGAAAGUACUUGUUUUUCAGUUGAUGAUCAUGGUGUGGAUGCUAAUUAUGCCUCCACCGUGAUGGGAGAGGGAUAAACAGUCCAUGAGCAGGAUGGAUGAGCUCCUUAAUGAUGUUACACUACCUUUCCAUCACCUUUCUGUAUGGAAAUAAUUCAGAACACGUGUAUCUUGGGUGGGUGAAGGCUGGGUCGAGUUGUUCUCUGAUCUUAGCAAUUUAGUUGCAAAAAUGCACACUGACAAUGUCCCCUCAUAUGGAGACACUUGCAAGUAAAUUGGCAGGAUCGGAGAUCAGCUCAACCCAACCACCUUUCUGUAUAAAUUGGUAAGUUGAUUUAUUAUUGUCAAAGACACCAAGAAACAGUAAAAAGCUUGUAUUCCA